AUGUUCUUCGUGCUGUUGUCUAUAGUUCUUGUCAAAGGGGCCGAGUUGGUGAAGCCCAUAUUAACGACCCCAAGUGGGGAGAUGGUUAUGUUCACAAAAGCGACUGAUAAUGAAUGUUCGGAAACCCUUACUGGGUCCGAGAAAUUGAUUUUUGUGGCAUCACAUCCAUUCAUGUUACACUAUUUGACAAAGGACUGCUCAGGGCCACGUGUUUCCGUAGAUGAAAUUGAUAAUUCGGAUAUCUUUGAAAGCUCACCAAAGCACAUUGCUUGGUUGAACCCUCGCCCUGGGUCACAUGCACAGCACGAACAAAUCUAUAUCUCAGAUGUUUGUAUGCCAAACACACUUGGUGCAAGCAAAUAUGCCAUUUCGAAUAACACUUUAUAUUCUAUACAAUUCAAAAAACGCGAUUGCAGUGGGGAGUCCCUGCAAUCGCAGUGCGUUCACUGUGGCGGCUUGCUCGAUGGAAAAUACGUCCUUAGCUGCGGAACAGACGCUUUGGCUACCUUAUUUGUUCUCGCAUUACUGCUGUCUUUUUGA